GCCGUUUUCGGCACCGGCGUGAUUCUUGAGAAGAACUGAAGUAGAGAGAGAUCUGAAAUCCCAAUCUCCGAUUUUACUUGCGACAAUGCUUCAAAUUCGGCUUCGGAGAGAUUCGCCGACGGAGACUGGAAAUGGAGCGAGGCCUUCUCCGACGGAGACAGUUACUGUAGCCUGUCCUGACCAUCUCGUCCUCGCUGAUCUUCCUGUCGCGAAAGGGAUCGGUUCCGUGACUCCCACCACCGUAAUCAAGCCAGUUGGUCGUCGUUCUCGCCGUCAACUAGGCGAGAGAGUUCAUUUCUGCGUCCGUUGUGAUUUUCCGAUUGCAAUCUAUGGUCGUCUGAUACCUUGUGAUCAUGCCUUUUGCCUUGAAUGUGCUCGUAGUGAUUCAAUCUGCUAUCUAUGUGAUGAACGGAUUCAGAAAAUUCAGACAAUCAAGAUGAUGGAAGGAAUCUUUAUCUGUGCAGCUCCUCAUUGUCUUAGGUCAUUCCUGAAGAAACUUGACUUUGAAGCCCAUGUCCAUGAGCUCCACGGAAGCCUAUUACAAGCCGAUGCAGAGAAAGAAGAUGGUAACCAGUCAGAUGUUCAGAGCACAAUGCAGCAAUCUUCAGCUUCAGAAUCCACGUUGCGAGGUCCUUUAAGAUCCCAGCAGCAACAAUCCCGUGAACAACCGUUACUAAACAGGUCGGCGUCAUUUGCAAAGUCACAAUCUGGAUUUGGUCAAGUCCAGAAUUACCCUCCAGAUAGCGAUAACUCUCGCCCUCCGGGAUUUGAAACCGCUAGUCCUAAACCAGGUAUCCGGUUCCCAGACUACCCGCAGCCUAUGAAUCUUAUGCAACCACCCAGCUUGCCCGUUACAAUGAAUCAAAACCCGGGGUUACCACAGCAGUUUGGUUUUCCUUCGUAUCCAAUAACAGAGAGUGGAUCAUCUCAACAAUUCUUUAACGGUGCUCAGUACGAGAUGACAAGAACAGAGAGUGGCGGAUCAGAACAAGGUUCAUUGCUCGGGUAUCCGCCGCCUUCACCAAUGAUGAAUCUGAAUUUCCAAGGAUCAUAUCCUCCUCCGUCGUGGAAUCCCGGAAUGGCACCACCUCAAACGACCCAGCAGGUUAACCGGGGUAGAGACGGUCAAAGUUUUGGAUGGCAACAAGAGAACCGUGAUGGCUUUGGGCAGGAGUCAGGGUAGAGACUAGUUUCAAUUGUUUGUGGCAAUGUUAAACUUGUCGUUUGAAAGUUUCAAGUAUUUUUGUUUCUAAAGACGCUGUCGUAUGUGGGUCUAACGUGUAAUUCGAUUAAAGCCAAUUUGAACAG